AUCUUUACCAUUUCAUAGUUGAUAUCCAAUCACAAUCAAAGCACUUUGCUCUAAUUUGCUCCGCAAAGAUCUUAAAUGUCUCAAGACUACCUGUCUUGAGAGGAGCAAGCUUGAACCGAAAAACUAAAAUAAUUUUUAAAUAAUACUGUUUCACGCGUUAGUAGGAAACCCACACUGCAAUGGAGUGAACAUAAGUAAACAAUUAACAAACUGACAGACUUACUAUUAUAGGAUAUGUAUAGAUUUUGUACUCCAUUAAGUAAGCAGCAAUCCAUAUUGUACUUAGUAAGAUAAUGUACCUGUUUACAGUGUUGGGAGCUAUGUAAAAAAUGUUGUGAACCAAUUAGCGUACCGCCAACUACUAGUGGCUAUGAUGUCAUUUACUCAGUAGUGUAGUUAUUUCCUUCCCACAGACUCAGUAUAAAAUCAAUAUUGUUUAGUGAUGGUGUUUUUAUAGUUAAUGUCUAUUUUCAACCCCAAAAAUGUCAUAGCAAAGAGUGAGACAGACAAAGUGUAGUGUACUAGUGUAAGUGAGACGUGAUGGCGGGGCAAAAUGGCGGCGCAGAUUUUGGCGCGCUUUUGCAAGGCGCCGGCCGUCAGUUGUUCAAUCAAGGGGGGCAAGCGUUGCUCAAUUAUGGGGCGCAAGCGAUAGGGAAUAUCAUCAAUGAAGUGUUCCAAAAGAAAGAGGCAGAACAUAAGCGGGUAUUGCCGAGCAUUAAGAACUAUAAAGUGCUGGAUCAUCAGCUCGGCGAGACCCGUCCAUCGUCAUUUGGCCCUUCGACCUACCAGGACUUCAAAGAUAUCAGAUCGCGCUGCUUGGCCGAGGGGAGACUGUUCGAAGACCCCGAGUUCCCGGCGGUGGAGCGCAGUUUGUUCUACAAGGAGCGGUUAGAUAGAAACCUCCAAUGGCUUCGACCUUCGGAAAUAUGCGAGGAUCCGCAACUGUUCGUCGAGGGCUACAGCCGUUUCGACGUGCAGCAGGGAGAGCUAGGCGACUGUUGGCUGUUGGCCGCUGUGGCGAAUCUCACGCUGCACAGAAAAUUGUUCUUCCAAGUCGUUCCGGACGACCAAAGCUUCGAUGAAGAUUACGCCGGUGUCUUCCACUUCAGGUUUUGGCAGUACGGCCGCUGGGUGGACGUUGUGAUUGAUGACCGCCUGCCCACCUACAGAGGCAAGCUCGUGUUCCUACAUUCGUCCGAGAGGAACGAGUUCUGGAGCGCCCUGCUUGAGAAGGCUUACGCUAAAUUGCACGGCUCGUACGAAGCUCUAAAGGGCGGUUCAACCUGCGAGGCCAUGGAGGACUUCACCGGUGGAGUCACCGAGAUGUAUGAGAUCAACGAACUGCCUCCCAACUUCUACACUAUUCUGCUGAAGGCCUAUGAGAGGAACUCGCUUAUGGGAUGCAGUAUUGAGCCGGACCCAAACAUCCUCGAAGCUGAAACACCAGUGGGUCUUAUCCGGGGCCACGCGUACUCCGUGACCCGGGUCAAAUACGUGGACAUCGAGACCCCGGGGCGAGCGGGGAAAAUCCCGUUACUGAGACUGAGGAACCCCUGGGGAAAUGAAGCAGAGUGGAAUGGACCCUGGAGUGACAAGUCACCGGAAUGGCGCUUCAUACCGGAAUCGGAGAAAGAGGAAUUGGGCCUCACGUUCGAUGACGACGGCGAGUUCUGGAUGUCUUUCAAGGACUUUUGUAGUCACUUCGAUAGAGUUGAGAUCUGCAACUUGAACCCUGAUUCUCUGGACCCGGAUGAGUGCCCCGAAGGUUGCACUAAGAAGUGGGAGAUGUCCGUCUUCGAAGGAGAGUGGGUUCGAGGUGUGACAGCGGGCGGUUGCAGAAACUACCUAGAGACAUUCUGGAAGAAUCCGCAAUACACUGUCACUUUGAAGGACCCGGAUGAAGGCGACGCCGAGAACAAGUGUACUAUUAUCGUGGCCCUUAUGCAGAAGAACCGCCGCUCGCAGCGCCACCAGGGCCUCGAGUGUCUCACCAUCGGCUUCGCGGUGUACCGUCUCCCGGACUACGGUCACGUGCCGAAGCCUCUAGACGUCAACUUCUUCAAGUACAACGCGUCUGUGGGACGCUCGCAGGCGUUCAUCAACCUAAGAGAAGUCAGCGCCAGGUUCAAAUUCGAGCCCGGCCAGUACGUGAUAGUGCCUUCAACGUUCGACCGUGAUGAGGAGGGGGAGUUUCUACUACGUGUAUUCUCAGAGAAAAGCAAUAAUAUGGCUGAAAACGACGAAGAAGUCGGUAUGGGUGAUGUGGAUGAUAGGGUAAAAGAAAUAGCACCUAAUCCCGAACCCGCGGACCCUGUCCGUGAUUUCUUCACUCGCCUGGCCGGUGCUGAUGGUGAAGUGGAUUGGCAGGAGCUGAAGGAAAUCCUGGAUUACGCUAUGAGGGAGGAAAUGGCUAUGCGUCGUGGCGUGGCGUACGAUGGAGGGGGAGGGGGGCAAACGACCCCCCCUCAAGAGCAAAGCUGUCUCGAACAGCUCCUCUGCGCGCUUUGCGCACCAAUCUGCAAGGAGAUCGGCGUGGAUCUGCAACAAGUCCAAGCUCAACAGCAGCAGGAACAGGUCCACCUCAACCAACCGCAACCGCAAGAACUGAAAGGCGAAGGAUUCUCUAAGGAUGUGUGUAGAAGCAUGAUUGCUAUGUUGGAUAAAGACAACUCGGGCGGCCUCGGUUUUGACGAGUUCAAAUCAUUGUGGAUCGAUUUACGUAAUUGGAGGGCUGUAUUCCGCUUAUAUGAUACCGAAGGACGUGGCGCUAUACCUCCACAACAUUUGCGGGACGCUCUCCACUCGGCCGGCUACACUGUCAACGCUCACGUACUAAACGUCCUUGCUCACAGAUACGGAUCACAUGACGGCUACAUACAGUUUGACGAUUUCAUUAUGUGCGCCGUGCGACUGAAAACCAUGAUCGAUACCUUUGAGGGUCGGUCGUCGGGAGGUGAAUACGCCACGUUCUCCCUUGAUGAAUGGCUGAAUCGCACAGUUUACUCGUAAGAUAUAUGACUGUAUAAAAAUAUGCCUUAAUACCUUUAACGUCUAUAAUCGAUUGUGUGAGGGUAGUUGAUCAUUAAUUUCUACUGUUACUGUAAUGUUUUUGAGAUCACAAUUUUUUUUUUAUGUACAUCUUC